GAAAAGGCGCGAAAAACAUAUCAACCUGUGUUUUUGGAAGCUCGUGAAUUCGUGAUUUGUAGUUUAUUUAUCUUGUUAAAAGAAAAACUGCGUGAUGGAUUUGAAUAUCAGAAGGAAAUCUACUAAACUGCAACUAACCAGUAGUCUUGUAGAAACUUAUCCUCAUGAUCUUCAAAUGUACAAGAUUCCUCCUACUGAAAACAUUACUCUUCAAGAAUUCGAAACUUUAUCUUUGGAAAGAGUAACUUUGUUGAGGACUUUAGCAACAGCAACAACUCUUAAAGGACUUCGAGCGUAUUCAGAGGAAUGGACAGAAUAUGUUAUAGGUGAGCUUAGAACUCAAGGUUUGAAGUAUUAUGCAAAGCUAUGUGAAAAAUCGUCUUGUGCAACUACUGAAGCUGAUUUGCAAGCGAGACGAAAGGACCACAUUGCACACUUCAUACUUCGACUAGCGUACUGCAGAACAGAGGAAUUGCGUCGAUGGUUCAUCGCAAGAGAACUGGAGUUAUUCAAAAUGAGGUUUGCCACCAUGAGAGGAGAAGCUGUGGAUACAUUCUUCAAAAUAAACAAUUUAUGCUAUACUAACAUGAGUGAUGAAGAAAAGAGUGAAAUUAUGCACUGUCUGAGAGAGUGUACCCCUCAUGCAAAUAUUGAUAACAUGAAAUUCUACAAAGUGAAGUUCUAUGAAGUAUUAGAUCUGGUGAAAAUGCGAAAAGUCUACCUCAGCGGCGGGUACGCGUACAUUGCACACAAAGACUUCAUAUCUGUUCUCUCUGCACAGUAUAGAACACAACUGAAACAGAGUUUAGCAGUUGCUUGCCACCAUCUUGGUGAAAUAGAACAGGAUGAGCGAUUAGUAUCAUUACUGAAAGGUCUACAUCAAUCAUAUUCUGGCAAUGACUACAGUUCUUCUAAAGCUGUUAUACCUAUUGAGAGUUUGGACUCCUUAUCGGUGAAGUCAUUCCCGCUGUGUAUGCGGCAGCUGCAUGAGCAGUUGAGACUGGCCCACCAUCUCAAGCAUGGAGGUAGAUUACAAUAUGGACUAUUCCUGAAAGGUAUUGGUGUGACUUUGGAAGACUCCUUAAGAUUCUGGAGGGAAGAGUUCACAAAGAUAAUGGAACUAGAUAAAUUUGAAAAACAAUAUGCUUAUAACGUCAGAUAUAACUAUGGACAGGAGGGUAGUAAGAGGGAUUAUUCUCCAUUCAGUUGUUUGAAGAUCAUUAAUACUACUGUUGGUCCGGGAGACUGCCAUGGAUGUCCUUAUAAACAUUGUGAUGUUGGUAUUCUGAAGAACAGACUUCAGGGUUAUGGUCUUGACCCUCAGGGUAUCAAUGAAAUAAUAGACAUGACAAAGAAGGGACAUUUCCAAAUAGCCUGCAGCAGAUACUUUGAUGCUGUGCAUCAUUCUGACCUUGGAUUAGGCAUCAACCAUCCUAACCAAUUCUUUGAAGAGUCUCAGAAAAUAGCCAAAGGAGAUGUUAAAGUAGAAAUUAAGAAAGAACCUAAAUCAACAGCUUCAGUGAAAAAAGAAUCAGUUGAUGAGUUUGAAGAUAUGGACUUCGAAGAGGUCAUGUAAAUAUAUCUUUUGGAGCCUAUUUGACCUUUAACACUAUUCUGUCUUUGUUAUCAUUCAAGAUUAAGUACUAAAAUUAGUAGAUAUAAGCAUAAAGACUUGAUAAAUAAAUAUUUUCGGAACAUUGAUAAAUAAAAUACAUAAAGAUAAUAAUUAAAAGAUUUGAUUUUAUUGAUUUAAAUUAUAUAUUACAAUAUCUAUUUCCUCUUAACAUACAUAGCUUGCCUAGCCAAAUUGCCACAAUAUAAACCACAUAUAAAAAUUAAACCUACAAUUGAGAUGCCUACAAUUAAAAAGUAUUUCUUAGACGGUGAAGACGAUAUCUCGUUAUACAUAUCGCCGAAAUUUUCUAUCACAUUCAACUGCAACAAAGAAAACAAAUUAUUGAAGUAUGCAUCAUGAUUGAAGUUUAGAAGGGUGCUUUGGCAAAAAAAAACAUAGGCUCUUCUUUUCUUGCAACUUACACAAGACCAAUGAGGGAUUAUAAAUUGGUAAAUCACAUGUCUAAAAUGAUAAUUAUCAAGAAAGUAUUUUGUUUGCCCUUUAGAAUCUAAAGGGUAAUAUUUAUCUAAAGUUUCUAUAAUCAUUAUCAAAAAAGUGUCAGUAACAGAUUAUUGCUAAUUAUACCAAAACAAAUGAUACUUACAGCUGCAACAUGUUUAUACAUUUCUAAUCUAUUUGAUAAUGCCUUUUGACAAUCAGCUUCUAAUUUCCUAUUGCUAUCAUUCAGAAUUAUCUUCAGACAUUUUAAACCUGAAAAAAUGAUUUGAAAACAUUUAGUAUAAUAUUUUAAUCCCAUAUAAGCAAUAUUAAACUACUCAAAAAAGUCAAAGGAGGUCUUAUGAAGGUUUUCAACUUACGCCUGCCAGCACCAUGCUCCAAAUCUUUGCAAUAGGUCAAUAAAUCCAUAGCACAAGCCCGCUCUAGCAAUGGAUCUGCCUCAAUAUCCACUUCUGUUUCUUCGAUAAUCUGUGCCACUUCUCGCGCACAUUCCGCCGAUACGAUUUUAUGAU